ACUUGCAGAGGCGGGCGGCAUCUCCGGGGAGGUGACGGAGAUUGCCGCUGCCGCCUCGCUUUGAUUUGAGUCUUCAGCCGUUGCCGCGGGGAAAGGCUGCCAUGUCGGCCCGAGUGACGCAAAUGAAGAAUGGCUCAUUGAAAAGCUCCCCUACCCACGUGCGCUGUGUUGUUUGGGCACAGGACUGACUGCUGAGAAAUGGCGGGCCAGGAAGUGCAAGAAACAGGAAGUGGAAGGACACCACGUGGAAGUGACAGCAAGUGUGAUGUUGGGGCUUUUCUCUCAAAUCUCGCCGGGCCGAGAGAGGCUUGCCUCGUCCUGCCCCAGACGCGCGGCGUGCGUGGAUGCGAAGGCAGGAAGUGGGGGGGGGGACGCACGCGGGCGACUCUGAAACCCGCCAGCACACGGGAUAUCGUAUACAUUCACCACCCCUCCUCACAGAAGAGGUGGCCUGGUUCCGAGUCGGACGCAAAGGUUUGUCCUUUCUUGGAGUCGCAGAUGGACCAGACGAGAGACGUUUGAUUACCGAGCGCGUUAUUCGACAGGAAGUGUACUUUUUGGACAGCAUGCAUUGAAAGCACAUGGAAGGCAGAAGGUGGACAUUUUAAAGGCAUUUCACAUGAUUGGAUGAGAGUAUACGCCUUGGCAGGAAUCUAAAAUGGCCUGUUAACCAUCAUCCAUCAUCCAUUAACUGACCAUCUUUGAUCCAAUGGAUUGAUAUUCACCUCGUUGCAACGUGGGCGUUCUCCCUCUCUUUUGUUGUUGUUGUUUUUUUUAAUUACAUGUGGACCCCUGCUGGACUUUUCUUGUAGUUUUCUUGUGUUUUCUAUCAUUCGACAUGGCUCAUCUCUGGCCUGUACGGGCCUGGACGUUGUUGGCAGCAUCAGGUUUUUUGAGCUGCUGGUGUGAUGCCACAAGGACUAGCGCUUCCAGCAGGGGCGAGCAAGGAGCCUCAUCCGUGGAGCGAGUGAAGCGAGGAUGGGUGUGGAAUCAGUUCUUUGUGGUGGAGGAGUACACCGGCACGGACCCGCUCUAUGUUGGAAAGAUUCACACCGACUCCGACGAAGGCGAGGGUAACAUCAAGUACACCAUCUCCGGAGAAGGGGCGGGCACCAUCUUCAUCAUCGACGAGCUGACAGGCGACAUCCAUGCCACGGAGAGGCUGGACCGCGAGGAGAAGGCCUUCUACACGCUGCGGGCGCAGGCCCGCGAUAGGCUCAGUAACGACCCGCUGGAACCAGAGUCGGAGUUUGUCAUUAAGGUCCAAGACAUCAACGACAGCGAGCCCAAGUUCUUGGAGGGGCCGUACAUCGGCAGCGUGGCCGAACUGUCUGCUAUAGGCACCUCUGUUCUCAAGAUCACAGCGUCAGACGCCGACGACCCGUCUUACGGCAGCAGUGCCAGAGUGGUCUACAGCGUGCCUGAUGGAGAAAAGUUCUUCACCGUGGGCAGGCACACAGGGAUCAUAAUGACAGCCGUGGCAGAUCUGGACCGCGAGACCCAGGAUCGUUACGAGCUGGUCGUCAAGGCGACCGACAUGGCAGGGCAAAUGGGCGGUCUCUCCGGCUCCACCACAGUGACCAUAGUGAUCACAGACGUUAAUGACAACCCGCCACGCUUCCCGCAGAAGAUGUACCAGUUCAUGGUGUCGGAAGGCGCCGCCAUCGGCACGCCGGUGGGACGGGUCAUCGCCACGGACGCGGACAUGGGGGAGAACACGGAUAUGAGCUACCUGAUCCAGGAAGGAGGCGAGCUCUUCAAGGUGACCACCGACGCCAUGACCCAAGAGGCUGUCGUCUCCAUCAAGAAGCCAUUGGACUUUGAGAGUAAGCGCACACACAAUGUCGUGGUGGAGGCCGUGAAUAAGCACGCCGACCCUCGCUUCGUGGACCUGGGCUCCUUCCGGGACCAGACCAUUGUCCGCGUCAGCGUGUCGGACGUGGACGAGCCCCCGCUCUUUCAACCUGCCGAUGGCACCGUCAUGGAGGUGCAGGAGGACACCAGAGUGGGAGCGCUUGUUGGCGUCGUCACUGCCCGAGACCCAGAUGCGAAGAAUAAACCGGUCAGGUUCUCCAUCGAGCACAGUACGGACCAAGACAUGAUCUUCCACAUUGAUCCUGACUCGGGCGCCAUCGUGCUGGACAAGGUUUUGGACCGCGAGACAGCCGGCUGGCACAAUAUCACCGUCAAAGCCGUGGAAGCAGAUAACCACACCAUGGCGUCGCACUCGUCUGUGAGCAUUCGGAUUUUGGAUGUGAACGACAAUCCCCCUGAGCUGGCCACACCCUACGAAGCCUCCAUAUGCGAAGAUGCCAAGGCGGGACAGAUAAUUCACACCAUCAGUGUGGUGGACAAAGACGAGCCUCAGACCGGACAUCACUUCUACUUCACGUUAGCACCGGAAGCCUCCGGCAAUCGACACUUUGACCUGUGGGACAUCAAAGACACCACCGCCGGCGUCCGCACGCAGCGGUCGGGCUUCAACCGCCACGAGCAGAACGUCUACUUCCUGCCCAUCCUGGUGGGUGACAGCGGCCCCCCUUCGCUCAGCUCCACGGGCACCCUGACCAUUCACAUCUGCGGCUGUGAUACAGCGGGAACCAUCCAGUCCUGCAACGCCACAGCCUACGUCAUGAGCGCAGCGCUCAGCCCGGGGGCACUUAUAGCACUGCUGGUGUGCAUGCUCAUCCUCAUAGUCCUCGUCUUGCUCAUCCUGACCCUCAAACGCCACCGGAAAGGCCGGCGGAUGGCCGAGGACGAGGAGGACAUGCGGGACAACGUCAUCAAGUACAACGACGAGGGCGGCGGCGAGCAGGACACGCAGGCGUACGACAUGAGCGCUCUCAGGAACCUCUACGACUUCCCCGAGGCCAAGAGCUCCGCCGCCGCCGCCGGCGUCGAAUCGGUCCCGGAUGUCCGCACGCUGCCGCAGUGGUUGCAGGCGAGCCGCUUAGCGGGCGGGGCGGCCGAGCACGCCUCGGCCGCCGACUUCUCCCUCUUCAAAGGUUACAUCCGCAAAAAGGUGGAGCAGGCCGACGCCGAUCUGUCGGUGCCGCCGUAUGACUCGUUUCAGACGUACGCCUUCGAGGGCGCCAGCUCGCCCGCGCUGUCGCUCAGCUCCAUCCACACACUGUCCACCACGUCCGAGCAGGAUUUCUCGUACCUCAGUGACUGGGGGCCGCGAUUCCGCCAGCUGGCGGGCUACUACGCGCCGGGAAAACCCGACGAGGACGGGUCCUAGCGGCGCGUCCCGUCCCGCAGAGAAACUGCUUCGAUAUAUCUCCUUUUUCUUUCGUCCUGUGUUCUCCUAACGCACAGACAGCCAAAAAGACCUCCUCGUCGUCUCACUUGGUUUCCCCCGACCCGGUUUUGGCUUUUUUUGAGAGACUUCGGGAGUCUUUUGAAGUAUCCAUCAACCAUUUCAUCAAUUCGGGGUCGGACUGGAGCCAAAAAUGCGUUUUUCCAUAUUGGUUUCUCAUCAGCAGCGUCACAGGUGAGAAGCGAGUCCCAUCGCAACUCAAUCGUCAUGCACAAAUAAACAAUUCAAACUCAGACUCGCAUCUCUGGAAAAUAUGGAGUCUUAAGCCUGCUUGGCAAAGCAGGAUUCUGGACCCCAUUUCGCUCUGAUUGUCCUUCUCAGUCAACGUCUUUGGGCUGUCACGGCCUCAGAUGGUUUUCGGGCCCCUCCAGACACCAGUGACAUCGCUGGCCUGUAACUGGUCCUCCAAUUUCAUCCCGCUCGGUGCAAUAAGACAACGACAACUACCAAAUGGCCAUACAACACUACCCCCCCCCCCCCCCCCCGACUACUCCCGAUGCUAUUCUUCUUCUUGCAACUUUCGGAUACCUACGCAUAAUUACGUUGGUGAGCCAUGAAAAUAUAUCCGCCCUAUAAAGCCUUCUGUGACUGGAAUAUCCCACCAGAUUGUAUUUUUCCACCUCGCCACAACAAAGCGCUCUAAAGCGGCCAGGCAGCCAUGUUGGCCUUUUUUUCUCCGCUCUCUUUAUCUGUGCGCACUCAUGGCCAACAACGAGGCGCUCUAAAGAAAUCACGCCAAUGGAGCAUGUGAAGGGAUGAUGCAUUUUUUGGGGAAUUGGGCAAAGCUAGCUAGCUAACUGCAUGUCCGGUUGCGUCGGAUAACAACUGAUUCCAUCAAAGGCGCUUCCUGGAAAAAGUAGGACGGGGGGGUGGGGGGGGGGGGGGUGAGCAAGAAAACAGCAGGACUGCCAUGGUGAAAAACAGUCCAACACUAGAGCGCCACAAUCGAGUACUUCAACUUUACUUUGCCCAGCUAACUGACUUUAAAAAAAAAAAAAAAAAACACCCCAAAAAAACCCAGGUGUCCCUAUAUUUUUGUUCACUCAGUGCUCACCCUCAGAUAGGUGACAUCAUUUGAGCUUUGUUUGGUUGGGGGUUUUUUUUCCACACUGGAUGCUGCAGAUGGCCAAGGCACCCCUUCAAAAAAUUGUGUUUUUUUUUAAAUAGGGUGUUGAUAUUUAUGUAUUUAUUUGCUUAUGUAUUUAUUUAUUCGUACAUAUUUUCACUGGAAGGCAGGAAAAAAAAGGACAAAUAAGAAAGAAAGGGACCAGCUGCGUGAGUUUGACUCUGCAGUAUAUUUCUAUUUUUUUUUUCUAUGAACACUUUUGCUCAAUUAAAAAUGUGAGAUGGAUGGUGUGUAAAAAAGCAAAAAGAAAAACAAUUCUAUGGCUUCUUGCGUUUUUUUUUUUUUUUUUUGGAGGAAGGACACUGCAAAUUGUGCGGGGUUUUUUUUCCAUAGACUUGAAGGCACAAAUGAUACACAGCGUGUCUCAUGGAAUUGCCAAUUUUAUCUCCUCAUUUUUGUUUUGUGUGUGUACAAAACCGAAGUUAACUUUGCGUCCUGUUUCCUCUUGGUUUGGAUUGUUACUUUUCACUUUACUGGGAAGGAGGUUUACAGGUAUAACGAAUGAACUGGCCGCAUCCCUCCUUAUACCGACAACCUAAAAUUCACGUCAACCUCAAUGUAUGGAAAACUGAAAAAAAAAAAGGAGAGAAAAAUCUAAAUAAAUAUUUAAUUUUUUUUGAUAAACUCCA